AUGCCUGUCCUCGCCUGCCUCACCUCGGGCCUGACCGCCUCCAUAGCCCUCGAGGAAACCGCCCGCCUGCAGCUGCCCGCCCCCUUCCCCUCCUCCCAGCGCCCGCCGGCGGGUCCACAGCGCGCCGGCGGCGCGGCGCGGCAGCCGAAGACGGUGCUUGUCACGGCGGCCGCCGGCGGCACCGGGCAGUUUGCGGUGCAGCUCGCGAAGCUGGCGGGCUGCAGGGUGGUGGCGACGUGCGGCGGCGACGACAAGGCGGCGCUGCUGCGGCAGCUGGGGGUGGAUCGCGUGAUCAACUACAGGUCUGAGGAUGUGAAGGGCGUGCUCAAGGCAGAGUACCCGGGGGGCAUCGACGUGAUCUACGAGUCGGUCGGCGGCGAGAUGUUUGACCUGUGUGUCGACGCCCUCGCCGACCGCGGCACCCUGGUAGUCAUAGGGAUGAUGUCGGCUUACUCGUCCGGCUGGCAGCGCAGCGCGCAUGAGGGGCUUGCAGAAAAGCUGCUCUGGAAAAGCGCCAGCGUGGCCGGAUUCUUCCUACUGAAGUACGCACCGCUCUGGGGCCCCCACCUCACAGCGCUGUGCGAGCUCGUUGCCCAGGGCCGCCUGCGCGCCGCCAUCGACACCCAGCGCUUCGUCGGCGUCGAGUCCGCCGCGGCUGCGGUAGACCGGCUGCAGUCCGGCGCCAGCAGCGGCAAGGUCGUGCUGCAGGUCGCGCCGGAGCUGCCCGCCGCGGCGGUCGCAGGGCUGUAG